AUCACCCCUUUUCAGUCGAUCUUUUCCACCGGGAAAGACGCCGCUCGCUUCGCCUUUCAGCCCGCGACAAGCCUAAACUCGACAGAAGAAUGCUAGUGAUUGAAAACGGUCGACGGUUUUGCGUUAAAUCGCGAUAAUUACAGCGAACGAUGUACGUGUCUUUCGAUCGCGUCGCGUAAACAAUGAAAUUAAAGCGUUCAAAAUGGCGGCGAAUUACCUACUUUCCGGUACAAAUUUCGACGGCGGCUGUGCGUUCAUAAUCAGUUGGCGUAAAUUAGAAACGAAUUUAGAGAACUAAUAAAUAAUUAAUUAAAGUCAAUAGUUGUUACAAAUUUAGGGUAAACCACCAACAUACUUUGUAUUCGCGAUGAAGUCAUAGUAUCAGGAGAAAAUCAAGAUGGAGAACUCGCUAUCUCUCUACUGCACGCAAUUGAGGGCGAUGCUCAAGCGGAACAUCCUCUUAAAGCGGAGGGAGAAGCGGAAAACGACUGCUGAGGUGCUACUGCCGUUGUACUCGUUAGGCGUAUUGAUUGUUAUGAAAAUUCUAAUACCGAACCCCAACUUUCCCGUAAUGGACACACCGAGAGGGGAGGCGAAGCUGUACGACCUGUUUAGCAAUUUAACGAAGCACACAAUUGCCGUUGUUCCUAACAGUACGCAAAUUAGGGAUUUUAUUAACAACAACGUAAACGAGGUUUGGCAAAUGCUGAACUUGGACUCGGAACUCUCGUGGUCGUACUAUGCGACGAGGGAGGAGCUGCUGACCGCGUACUGGUUGGAACCCAAGGCUAUUCCCAUCGCGGUAAUCUUCAACACGACAAAUCCGUUGAGCGACGCCUUUAAAUACGAGAUUCGUACUAAUCCGUCGCACUCGGAGACGCCGUCCACCACGAUGCUCUACGGCUCGCCCGCAUUGUGCAGGCAGUCGCACGGGCACUGGUCCGCCGUACUUUCGAAGGAGAACCGAGGCACGUGCCCAGUGAACGAGUACUACUUCUCGGGUUUCGUAGGCCUACAGGCGCUCCUCGACUUCACGAAGAUAAGGAGUCGCACCGGACGAAACGACACAGUAGUCCCCCACCUCCUCCUCCAGAUGUUCCCGAAGGAGGCCUUCACCGGCAACUGGAUGGUGGCGUUUCGCGUAGUCAUACCACUUUACAUGGUAAUGGCGCUCUCUCAGUUCGUCGCCUACCUCCUCAUUCUAAUCGUCGGCGAGAAGGAGAACAAGAUCAAGGAGGGGAUGAAGAUCAUGGGCCUCAAAGACUCGGUCUUUUGGUUGUCCUGGUUCGUCAUCUACGGCAUCUUCGUCCUUUUCCUGUCGGCGGUAUGCUGCAUACUCCUCUACGCGUUGAAGGUAUUCCAAAACACGAACUUGCUCCUCAUCUUCCUCCUCGUCCUGCUCUACUCGCUCUCGAUAAUAAUGUUCGGCUUCAUGAUCACGCCGUUCUUCGACAAAUCGCGCACCGCCGGUAUUUUGGGGAACUUUAUGGUAAACAUUUUAAGCCUAUUUUACUUCAUUCAAGUUUUUGUUGAUCAUUCCAGUUCGUUAGUUUUCUGGAUUGUUUCGGUUAUAAGCUCGACCGGUUUCGCUUUGGCGAUGGAUAAGGCCUUGGUAAUGGACCUUUCCGGCGAAGGCGUCAACAUUCACAAUUUGUGGUCGGGGCCGGGUAUGCCCUUCGGCGGCAGUCUGAUAAUGAUGGCCUUUGAUAUUGUCUUGUACGGGUUUUUGGCUUUUUACCUCGACAGCGUGAUACCGAGUGAGCACGGAACGAAGAGGUCGCCGUUCUUCUGCUUCAAGCUAUCCUAUUGGUGCAGAAAGAGGGUGAUCAGGGUUCCGUUAGCCAAUGGGACUUCGGCUGGAUCGCUGCUUAAUGGCGACGACGCAAAUUGUGACAUUGAGCAAGUGUCGAGGGAGAUGAAAGGUCGUGAGGCGAUCAAAAUUGUCGAUCUAUUCAAAUCGUUCCAGCACUGCCGAAAACCGGAAAUAAAGGCUGUGAAUGGGAUCAAUCUAACGAUCUACGAGGGCCAAAUAACGGCAAUUUUGGGUCACAACGGUGCCGGAAAGACGACCCUGUUCAACAUACUGACAGGCCUCACGGCGCCGUCGUCGGGCACCGCUUACGUUUUCGGUUACGACAUAAGGGACGCUGAGGACCUGGACCAGAUCCGCCGGAUGACGGGCGUCUGCCCGCAGCACGACAUACUCUUCGAUAACUUGACGCCGAAAGAGCACCUGGAGUUCUUCGCGUCGGUGAAAGGUAUCCCGGCCAAUAUCAGGGACUACGAGGUGACGCGCACUUUGAAGGACAUCGACCUGAGCGACAAGGCGGACAGCUUCGCCAAGCAUCUGAGCGGUGGGCAAAAGAGGAAGCUGUCCGUUGGCAUCGCGGUGAUCGGCGAUCCCAAGAUAAUCAUUCUAGACGAACCGACGGCGGGCGUCGACCCCUACUCGCGACGCCACAUGUGGUCUGUCUUGCAAAACCGAAGGCACGGCAAGGUGAUCUUGCUGACCACGCACUUCAUGGACGAGGCGGACAUCUUAGCCGACAGAAAGGCGGUGGUCUCCAAAGGCAAAUUGCGCUGCUGCGGGAGCUCGCUCUUCUUGAAGAACAAGUUCGGGAUCGGUUACCACUUGACGCUGGUCUUGGACGGCAUAAGUCGAGAGCACGCGAUCGCGAAGCUCGUGAUGUCCCACGUGCCCAAAGCGGAAAAGGCGCGACGUCACGGGCGCGAGCUCAGCUUCAUCCUACCCCACAACGCAGUCACCAGCUUCGCUCCGCUGUUCUCCGCCAUAGAGCACGAGAUCAACAGCUGCGGCAAGCUGGGCAUAUCCAGUUAUGGGGUGUCGAUGACGACCUUGGAGGAGGUGUUCCUGCACCUGGAGAGAGACGAGGAAGUCGAAGAUUCCGUCGAGAAUUUGUCGAAGAAGAUGGUGCGUAGUCGGGCGCUUAGUAGAAGUUUAAGCUUGCAGAGCAAGAGCACGAGCUAUCAGUCGUUGCAGAACGAAAAUAACGCGAACCAUCAGGAUGCGAGAGGUGGUGGAGACCUUCAACUUCACGGCCUGGAGGUGAUAUGUGAGACCAAAUCGCCAAUAAUAGGUUUAGGAUUAGAAAAGAUCGAAACGAAACCGAACAUACCGCAAACGUUCAUAGCUUUACUUAGCCUAAGAUUACUUCGCUUAAUACGCGACAUACAGAAAUUAUAUUUUAUGAUAAUGCUACCGCUAGGACUCGCCGCCAUUGGCCUAUAUUUAAAUAGUAUACAGAGCACGCACAGCAAAAUGAACGUGCUGUACCUAAACUCGAGGACUUACGGCAACGAAACCACCAUCCUCGUCUAUAACGGCACCGACGGCAACAUUGACCUCUUCAUCGACACGUUACGCCAGGUCAGUCACGGGAGGGUUAGCAUGUACGACGGUAACUUCUCGCUACUUUUAAAUAUCGCGCCCAAUAUGGCGGCCUUAAAUAUUAACCAAUUGGAUUUGCCGAACGUUAACAUAACUGUGAUCUACAACGACACCCUUCAGCACAGUCUACCGAUCAUCAUCAACCUGGUGGACAACACCAUCUACAGAUAUCUCAUGAGAGGGCAGCACAUGAGGUGGCGACCGAUCGAGAUCGGCGUCUACCCCUUCCAGCAGACGAGCCAGCCCGAAGAGUUCAACAUCGGGGUAUUCUCGACCUCCAUCUUCUUAGGCAUGAUGUUCGUGUUGGUCCCCGUGAGCUUGGCGGUCGACAUGGUUUACGACCGAGAGAUCAAGGCCAAAAACCAGCUACGCGUCAACGGUCUGACGUUCUCGAUGUACUUCGUCACGUACUUCGUCGUGCUGGUCGCGCUGAUGCUCUUGAUAUGCGCCGCGCUCCUCCUGAUCAUACUAAUCUUCGACAUCCCCUCGCUCAGGGGUCUACCCGCGUUGAGCAUCCUUGCCAUCCUCCUCCUGCUCCACUGCCCCGCCUCAAUUCUCUUCGUCACCUGCAUCAGCUACAUCUUCGACAAGAUGGACUCGGCCCUCUCCAUCCUGCCCAACAUCGCCACGCUCUUCGGAAUGGUACCAUUCUUCCUCGUGUUCGGCUUGGACAUGUUCGGCAUCGGAGGAAAAUCGGCCUACAUCCUUCACAUCUUCUUCUCCCUGAUUAACACAAUGUACAUACCAUACGGGGCAGUCUACUACAUCCAGCGGGUCUACCAGAUGUGCACCGAGUACCGAGGCUGCACGAACAUCAGCCUCGCCGACUACAUGACGCACGAAAUCAUCGUGAUGAUAGUCGGCAUCAUCCUCCACCUCCCGAUCUGGUUCUUCGUCCUUCUGGUCGUCGACAUCGUGAAGAACGGCGGCAAGGUCUCCGACGCGUUCCAGGUCUUCAAGACGAAAAAGAAGGAGAGGUACGACGACCUACGCGAGCUGAGCGACAUCGGCGAGAACGAGGACGACGACGUCAAGAUCGAAAGGCAAAAGGUGAAGGAGCUGAUCGGGAACACGACGCAGAGUCCUCCGGUUAUCGUCGUGCAAAAUUUGCACAAGGAGUACAAGAGGAGGCAGUCGAAGAUCUGCGCGAGAUUUUGCAAUAACGACGAGGAGUGCAAGACGAAGGUGGCCGUCAAGAGUUUGUCGCUGGCGGUCGACGCGGGGGAGGUCUUCGGGCUGCUCGGCCAUAACGGUGCGGGAAAGACGACGACGAUGAAGAUUAUUAUUGCGGAAGAAGCGCCGACGAGAGGAAGGGUCCAAAUUGGAGGCCAUAACAUAACGUGCAGCUUAGACAACGCCUUUCAACUCCUCGGCUACUGCCCGCAGCACGACGCCUUAUGGAAGAACAUAACGGUGCGCGAGCACCUCGAGUGCUACGCGGCGAUACGCGGCGUGCCCUUCAAGGACAUACCCAGAGUCGUCGAGCUCUACCUCGCCGGCUUGCAGAUCGAAGAGCACGCGUCCAAGCAAACGCAGCACUGCUCUGGAGGCACCAGACGCAAGCUAUCCUUCGCCAUGGCGAUGGUGGGCAAUCCCAAGAUCGUCCUCCUAGACGAGCCCAGUACGGGGAUGGACCCGCGCAGCAAGCGGUUCCUGUGGGACACAAUCCUGGCCAGCUUCCAGGGGAGCAGAGGUGCGAUUCUAACCACGCACUCAAUGGAGGAGGCGGAUGCGUUGUGUUCACGCGUCGGGAUCAUGGUCAAGGGCGAGCUGAGAUGCUUGGGCUCGACGCAACACUUGAAGAACCUCUACGGUGCCGGUUACACCUUGGAAAUGAAGUUGAAGGGAGGCGAUCGGACGCCGACCUCCUCGUCCGUCGACCGCCUGAAGAGCCUGAAGCAGUUCGUUUACGGCCUCUUCCCCUCGGCGGUGCUCCAGGAGAGCUUCAUCGAUCGCUUGGUCUUCAGUGUUCCACAACAAAGUGUUCCUUCUUUAGCAAACUGCUUUUCGGAGUUAGAGCAAGUCAAAACCGAGCUCGACGUUGAGGAGUACUGCUUCAGCCAGACCACCUUGGAGCAGGUCUUCCUCAAGUUCGCGCAGUACGACGAGGUGAACAAUAGCGAAUAGGAUCGGAUUACGUUUUAACGUUGAUAAUUAUUAGUAAUUUUUAGUAGCAGAGUGCACUCAUGUGAUACUUUUAAUAAUUAAUUAGGUAAUUAAAUCAAAUUUACUUUUGACACAAUGUAAAUUAAUUGCACCGAGAAGUAUUGUUAGCAAGACCGUUUUUUCGUACUUUUGAACGAAUAGCGAUGGAUAUAAUAUUAGAAAAUUAAGUAACAAUAAAUUGACGUAGGGGAAUUUGUUCUUCAAAUCUCUCUAGAAAUUGCUGUGUUCACUUUUUAACGGUUGCGGAAGAGAAACAUUUUUGGUACAAUGCGCCUUUGUUCUGUAAUUAAAGCUGAUUUAGUAAAUCUUAUUACUUGA